UGCGCAUUAAUCGACAUAUCAAGAUGUGGAUCGUCAACUGGUUCUGGGAUACUCUUGCGUCGCUGGGUCUGCUGAACAAGCAUGCUAAGCUCCUCUUCUUGGGUUUGGAUAAUGCGGGGAAAACUACGUUGUUGCAUAUGUUGAAGAAUGAUAGAGUUGCCAUCCUGCAACCUACUCUUCAUCCUACAUCCGAAGAACUCGCCAUUGGCAACGUUAAAUUCACCACGUUCGACUUAGGUGGCCAUCAACAAGCACGACGUCUCUGGAAAGACUACUUCCCCGAAGUCUCCGGCAUCGUCUUCCUCGUUGACGCCAAAGAUCAUGAACGCCUCCCCGAAUCGAAAGCAGAGCUCGACGCCCUGCUCAGCAUGGAGGAGCUGAGCAAGGUCCCGUUCGUGGUGCUGGGCAACAAGAUUGAUCACCCCGACGCGGUUUCCGAGGACGAGUUGAGGCAUCAGUUGGGGUUGUAUCAGACGACGGGCAAGGGCAAGGUUCCGCUUGAGGGUAUUAGACCGAUUGAGGUUUUUAUGUGCUCUGUUGUUAUGAGACAGGGUUACGGAGAGGCUAUCAGAUGGUUGUCCCAAUAUGUUUAGAUAGAUAGGAGGAGACGUGGGAGGAAAGAUGAGCUUUACGGACGGAGAACGUUAUGAUGAGCGGGCGGAGUUUACACAGGUUGUUUCCAUGCUCUCUUUGGCAGGACUUUGGACAGAGACCAGGUCCAGCCAGUAUAGUAGCAUGUUUGUACUCAGCAUAGUUCUGCGAAUCAAGAAAUUUUUUCCUCCAUUUCUCUC